CGUGGAAGGGAAAGAAGAUUGUACUUUUUUCUGUUCCAGGAGCCUUCACUCCUACAUGCCAUGCGAAUCAUCUUCCCCCGUACAUCGAGAAGUACGAUGAGUUCAAGGCGAAAGGCGUUGAUGCUAUCGCCGUCGUCGCUGCGAAUGACGCUUUCGUUCUGAGCGGAUGGGGAAGAUUCGAAGGUGUUCAAGACAAAUUGUUGAUGCUUUCUGAUACAGAUGCAAAAUGGUCUGAAAGCAUGGGACUCUCUGUGGAUCUCUCCGCAGUUGGUUUUGGUACCCGUACCGCCCGCUACGCCAUGAUCAUCGACGAUCUCGUGGUGAAAUAUGUAGAGCUCGAGCCUGCUAAGGGAGUCACCGUUUCUGGAGCCGAUGCUGUUCUGUCCAAACUCUGAACCAUAAAUCAUCAGAAAAGCCAUAAAUUUGUAAUACUGCUUUGUAUCAUCAACGCAAGAUGUGUUCUUGACCACUUGACCCGCGCCAUGAUCGCAGUAAAGCCAAGCCCUAACAACAUUUCGCUCGGAAUAAGGACAGAUGCGGUGAAGAGCAUGAACGUUCGAUAGACUUCGAAUCAUUCAGCAGCUCAGGUCAAGCAACGAGCAGAGCAGGUGCAGCCACACAACCGUUGGUACGCAUUAGAUCUUAUCAAGACUUGGGUCAUUAAACCUGUUUUGCAUAGUACACGCUGAUAGAAGCACUUGGAUUAUCAGGGACCAUAUUUUAGGCGC